GACCGGGCAGCGCCAGCGCGCUCGCCGCUCCGCGCCUCCCCGGGGCAAGGGCGGCUCCCGGCCGGCGGCGGCGGGCGGGCCGAGCCGGGCCCGGCGGGGGUGGGCGCGGUGGGCCGGCCGCGCCCCGCCCGCCUCCCUAUUGUCUGGCGGCGGCGGGCGAGCGGCCGGCGCUGUCCCCGCGGCGGGGCCAUCGCCUGAGGGCGGCGGGCUCCGGGCUGCCGGGGGAGCCGGGGCGGGGGGAGCGCCGGGGCGUAACUUGGUUGCGCUGCGUGCUGCCCGGUUCAACCCCUUCCAGCCCGAGGAGCAUCCCCUCUGCCCGCUCCUCGCUCCUCCGCCCGGGGCCAGCGCUGGAGCCGCAGCCUGUGCGUGGCGGAGGAAAUUUCGUCUGACUCGCCAGUCCCAGAGUCGAGAAGUUCAAUCCCGCUGCGCCCGGAGGAGCGAGCGAGUUCCCGGCCGGUGUCACCGGGCUGCGCGCACCCACUGGCUGACAGACUGACAGACUCACUGACUGACAGACUCACUGACUGACAGACUCACUGACUGACAGACUCACUGACAGACAGACAGACUGACUGACUGACUGGCAGACAGACUGACGGCAGCCAACAAGCCAUGAAGUUCUGGCUCCAGAGCCGUCUCGCAUCCCGUGGCGUUGUGGAGCGGGGGCGAGCGCGGAGCAGCGCGGUAUCAGGAUGUGCAGCACUGGAGAUCAACACCGACUUCAAUAAACCACGUAAUGGAGGCAGUUCUGGAUCUCUGAAAGGGCUCAGAGUAUCUGCAACCCUGAACACUAGCUGUGGGACUCUCAGCAAGAUGAAAGACAUAUGUAGCUUUGGUGGAAUUCUUGGAGCAUUCACCACUGCACAACGUCCAGCCUUGUUUGCAGCGGCGAAUACUUAUGGCUCUCUGACCUCCAGACGUCUCCGUGGGGAUCUGGACUGACAAAAGGUUCACCACACCUGGACCAUUAUGUGGUGGAUGUGGACUUUAAAGCAGUGUGUCUCAACAUUUCAUCCUCAACUAUCUAUUUUUAACCUGAUUGCACUACAAAAGAAAAGCUGCUAAUGGGAUAAAUGUUGAGACUUUGCAAGAACUGACUUGAAGUACCGAAAGCCAUUAUUAUUAAUCAAGAAGAGCUUGAAGCCAAGUCUGUAUCUGACCAGUCAGAGUCAUUGCCACAUAACAGGCAUGGCAAGUAAACGAAAAUCAACAACGCCGUGCAUGGUCUUAGCCAACGAGCAGGAUCCGGAUCUAGAAAUGGUAUCAGACGCGGAGGAAGGACCACCUGCAGUCACGCCAGCAGAUAACCCCGCAGCGGAGAGCGUAACAAGUGAUGAGGAUGCUCAUGAGUGUGUGGAUUCAGACAAUCAGAAAAAUACAAGUAAAGUAGAAGGUGGUUACGAGUGUAAAUACUGUUCUUUUCAAACUCCAGAUCUCAACAUGUUUACUUUUCACGUGGAUUCAGAACAUCCCAACGUAGUACUAAAUUCGUCCUAUGUUUGUGUAGAAUGCAAUUUUCUUACCAAAAGAUAUGAUGCUCUCUCAGAACAUAAUUUGAAGUACCACCCUGGAGAGGAGAAUUUCAAAUUGACCAUGGUGAAACGUAAUAAUCAGACAAUCUUCGAACAAACAGUAAACGAUCUCACUUUUGAUGGGAGUUUUGUCAGAGAAGAAAACGCUGAACAGGCCGACUCUUCUGAGGUCCCCUCAUCAGGGAUCUCAAUUAGCAAAACUCCUAUUAUGAAAAUGAUGAAAAACAAAACCGAAACUAAACGUAUCGCCGUUUUCCACAAUGUAGUUGAUGACAUUCCUGGUGAAGAAAAGGGAACUGAAAAUGAGCCAAAAUCUGAAGAAGCAGCGGAAAACCCACCACCGGCAGUUUCCGAGUCGAAGGCGAGCCAUCCGGUUGUGUGCAGCGCGGCAGACGUGGCCAGCGCAGUGGUGACUCCAGCACCGGUGCUUCAGCCGGGGGUGGCACAGGUUAUAACAGCUGUCACAGCCCCACAGAACUCAAACCUGAUCCCAAAAGUCCUCAUACCUGUAAACAGCAUUCCAGCCUACAAUACUGCUUUGGACAACAAUCCCCUUUUGCUUAACACCUACAACAAAUUCCCAUAUCCAACGAUGUCGGAAAUCACUGUCCUUUCCACUCAAGCUAAGUACACAGAGGAACAGAUUAAAAUAUGGUUUUCUGCCCAGCGUCUGAAGCACGGUGUGAGCUGGACGCCAGAGGAAGUGGAGGAAGCAAGGAGGAAACAAUUUAAUGGCACAGUGCAUACUGUGCCACAGACAAUUACCGUUAUUCCGGCACACAUUUCCGCCGCUAGCAAUGGUUUACCUUCAAUUUUACAGACAUGCCAAAUAGUUGGUCAGCCAGGACUUGUUCUCACUCAAGUUGCAGGUGCGAACACGUUACCAGUUACAGCCCCAAUAGCUUUGACUGUAGCAGGAGUCCCAAACCAAACACAGUUACAGAAGAGUCAGAUUCACACUGCUCAGCCUAUUGCAGAAACCAAACAAGUAGCUGCCGUUCCAGCCCCUCAACCUGUCAAAAAUGAAUCUGCACUGAUGAAUCCCGACUCCUUUGGCAUCCGGGCAAAAAAAACAAAGGAGCAACUGGCAGAAUUGAAAGUCAGCUACCUUAAAAAUCAGUUUCCUCAAGAUUCAGAAAUUGUUAGACUUAUGAAAAUAACGGGCUUGACUAAAGGAGAGAUCAAAAAGUGGUUCAGCGAUACACGCUACAAUCAGAGAAACUCAAAGAAUAAUCACGGGAUUCAUCUCAACAGUGAUUCAUGUGCCACCAUUGUUAUUGAUUCAAGCGAUGAAAUGAAUGAGUCCCCAACGGGAGUCGCUCCACAGAGCAAGUCAUCGUGGAGCACUUUUCCUGAUUUCACCCCACAGAAAUUCAAAGAGAAGACUGCUGAACAGCUGCAGGUCCUCCAAGCAAGUUUUCUUAAUAACCCUGUCCUGACUGAUGAGGAGAUGAAUAGGUUAAGAGCCCAAACCAAACUGACCAGGAGAGAGAUUGAUGCCUGGUUUACAGAAAGAAGGAAAUCUAAUGUGUUGAAGGAAGAGGGAGCUGACUUGAAUGAGACCAACGCUGGCAGCUCAAAAGAAGAGGCUGGAGAAGCAUCUGUGGGAGAUGGAGCAGCAGGAGCAAAAUCAGGGUGUUCCACUUCAAGCAAAAUAAGCAAAAAGUCACCAGAGCAGUUGCACAUGCUCAAAAGUUCCUUUGUCCGCACUCAGUGGCCGUCUCCACAAGAAUACAACAAGCUGGCAGAAGAAACUGGGCUCCCAAGAUCGGAAAUUGUGAGCUGGUUUGGAGAUACUCGCUACGCCUGGAAAAAUGGGGGAUUGAAAUGGUAUUAUUAUUACCAGAGCGCCAAUGCGAACAGCCUGAACGGCCAAGGCUUUGCAAGGAAGAGAGGGAGAGGGAGACCCAAAGGGAGGGGGAGAGGGAGGCCGCGGGGGAGGCCUCGGGGAAGCAAGAGGUUAAAUUGCUGGGACAGAGGUGUGUCUGUCAUCAAAUUCAAAACUGGAACAGCAAUCCUGAAGGACUACUAUAUGAAGCACAAAUUCCUUAAUGAGCAAGACCUCGAUGAACUGGUAGCCAAAUCUCACAUGGGGUAUGAGCAGGUCCGAGAGUGGUUUGCAGAAAGGCAAAGGAGAUUAGAACUCGGAAUAGAGCUGUUUGACGAGAACGAGGAGGAAGAUGAAAUUCUGGAAGAUCAAGAAGAUGAGGAAGAAACAGAUGAUAGUGAUACCUGGGAACCCCCCCGACAUGUUAAGCGUAAACUUUCAAAAUCAGAUUGAUGUGCAAUUUAGGGGCCAGAAACCUAUGAAUUAGGUUUGAUGUUCCAGUGAAGAGCCAAAUGAUUUUUCAUGGCCUUCAGUUUAGCACGCGCCUGCUCAGCAUCUUUCUUCCAGCUAAAAGAACAAGGGAAAGAUGCUACCUGUGGAGGCAACAACUGUUGGCUUCCUUGCUACAAGAGAUGGACCUGCUCAGGCCUAGCCGAGGACGUGGGGUUAUAAACCAGACCCAGUUCAGCUCCUCCUCUUCCAUCCAUGUUACCGAUGGGAAGGUUCAUGUUCUUCAUUCACGUGACUGCUUCUCAAUAUUUAAUUGCCUUAUGUUGUUUAAUUCCAAAAAAACACAGACUCAUUUUUUGGUUGGUGUAGGAGAACAUUGCCUGCUCAUGAAGGAGGAAGACACAAAAACCUAAGAUGUCUUUUUGCAAACAUCGCUUCGCCUGAAAGGUUUCAAGGCCUGGAUUUAUUUCUUAAGAAAGAGUUCAAAACAAAAGAGAAGGGGAAAAGUGUCACAAAGGAAUCAAUGGACUUAGGGGUGAGGAUUGCUUGGUUUAAGAACGUGAGGUGAUAUUGGCACCUUUUGCGUAUCUUCAGAGUGUUUUGGGUUUACAGAACUUGUGUUGAAAUGUUCCUUGUUGAUAAUUAUGAGCUAACCGAAUGAGUAAUGCUAGAAGAUGCUUUUUGUUACAUUUAACUAGUGUAUCCUACAUCAGUUUAAUUUAAAUGCCUGACAGACUUGAUGCAGCUGAUAGUAACAUUCUUUUUUGGCUUGUGCAUUCUUUCCUUUGCUGGAAAUGGUAAGAAAAGUAUGUAUAUUUCUAGCUAAAAAGAGUACUUUCUUGAAAUCUUACACUGAAUUUUAAGGUAAACAUGAGGUGGAAACUGCCUAAAAACCAUUCAGAGUUGCAUAGAAGUUCGUAAGAACACACAGACACAGAGAUGAAAAGUGUCUUCAGGUGCUAGUAAGAAAGGUUUUCAAGUAAGUUGUGGCAAUGACAUGAUGUUUAAUUCUCAAACAAAAUGAAGUUAUAUGGCUUUUAGAUGCUUAGGAAUGAUAAACAUGCUGGUGUUUAAUUGUUCUUCAGCAAUAGCCCAGCUGAAUGAUUUGUGUGCAAGUUUAACUUAAAUUCAUUAUAAUGGAUUGAGCUCGUCACUGUGCUGAUUGUUCUUAGGGCUGCCGGGUGGACACACUUUUAGGAAUGGUUUCAUCUACCUGAACUGAACUCCAGAAGUAGUUUAACCUGAUAAAAUCAUCCACAUCUCGAAUAAGUGUCUUUGAAACAGAGGGGAAAAAAAAAACAAGUCUCAAGACAUUGAAUUCGUGGUAGAGUUUGAAAUAACAACUUAAGAACAAUGGACCAAAUUCACAGAAGUUAGUUCAGGCAGAUGUCUGGCAUCCUAGAGAACUGGUACUCUGAGGAAGAGUAGUUUGUGUUCUUGCUACUGUCAGUCUGCAUUUUUUAGGAACAUGUUACUUGAUAUUUAGAUGUCAAAAGAUGAUGAUGAAUUGGUGCUGCUGUCACCAGCUUUGUCUGCUUUUACAUUGGCACCAACGGAAAGGAUACUUACGAUCUCCUUUUGCACAUCAGUCAGCAUCUGCUCUGUAGGCUUAUGCAUCUGAUGGCCAAUGAGACAGAUUAGUGAAGAGAAAAUGUGUCCUAAUGUUUCCGCAUCUCCAGGAUCCUAUUCUAUUAUUUCUUCCCCGCUGUGAUAACUGUGAAAAGACCAAGAAAGUCCUUUUAGUCAUGAGUUUCUGAAGCAGAAGAGUCCAUGUUAGAUCUGUUUUUCGUGCCUGAUUGUGGGUAAAACCCAGGUCAAAGCAAGAAAGGGGAUAAUGUGAGACAAAAAAUAUUGUUAACCUCCCAGACUCGCCUUCCUCUCUGGACACUUCAGCUGCCCUUCUGCUCCCAGAUGGAACAGGCUGCCUGCGUCGCAGGAGAUGUUCUGCAUGAAAGACAUUUACCAGGGUGAGCUCUUCUGACUGCUUGAGAUUGCUGGAAAGAAAAAGGCAACAGCUUUUGGUGUGUAACACAAAUUUGAUGAUGAACCUGUUCCCUGGCUUCCAGUACUCAAAUGGGUGAGGCACAAAGCGGCCAGCAAUGCUAGAGAGUACGAGCUAAGGAUCCCUCAGUUUAACUUUGAGGUGGGGGGGAAGCAAAACCACCUUGUCAGCGUGUUUCAUUGGAGUGCUCGUGAGUCUGGAUGUGAGGUGGUGUAAGAGAGAUCAGGAUCUGGCCUCUUCGGCAUUGACUGUGGCACAAGGUUGGGAAGUAUUCUUGUUGGGCUGGUAAUGGUGUGGAUGAGGCUGUUGUAGAGCCAGCAGAUAAAAGAAAGACUCGUGUUAACUUCAGGCUCCGCUGGGAAUGCAGGGUCAAAAAUCAGUGCUUGCUCAGUGGGAAAGAACAAAGCUAGUAGGGAGAGAGAUGCUAUUUUUAAGUUUCCAAAAAUAUUAAAGCAAAUUCUUAAAAUCCUUGGGAAUAUGCCUCUAGCAAGCAAAAUCUGGAGCUGCCUUAAUCCUUAAGGUUGACCCAGAAUUAAUUUUCUUAAAAAAAAAAAUUACCCAAGCAACGUGUCCAAAUAACUCCAUUUUUUGUUAGCAGAGACUGCAUUUAGGUUAGCAUUAAAUCCAACCUUCUUUAAGAAAUGGGGGAGAAAAAGAUCCAAGUUAAUUAUAUGGUUAACCUGGGAAAUCUUCCAUUUUGGCCAUGUUCUGUUAAAUAACACUGAGCUACAAUGGUAGGCCUUAGCACAUCUGGUCUGAAAAACACAGGAAGAGGAAAUACAUUGUUUAUCAGACUAAAUAUAGUUGGAUUGGAUGUCUUCUUUCAGUAAAAUGGUCAGAGAUGGUAGCUGGUGUGUACUGGGCCAGAUUUUCAUUUGCUGUAAAUAUUACACUUCCGUGUAUUCCAGUGGUUAUAACAAUAUUUACAGCCCAUUGAGGAACAUCAUCUCUUUGCAGAAUAUAAAAUUUAAAUUAAACCAUGUGCUGUGGGUUGGCUAAUGAGAGACGCAGAGUACCCACAUUUCCUUUGGGCUACGCGCACAUUGUAAGUCUUUCAGUCGUGCCAAGGGUGAGAAGGCUGGGUGGGUUCAGCCUGAGGAGAGCAAUUGUAUGCAUUCAUUAUUGCCUGUAAUCUGUCUGUUAUUUCUGUUUGAACAAACAGGGUCCAUUAAUUACCAGUUUAUUUCAUGUUUGCAGCAUGUGUUUAUUUGCGUUGCAUACUGGGAGAGAGGGAAACUCCUUCCGGAGGCCUCUGACCUCAGAACUGGCCGGAGGAGCAGUGGAAGGAGCUGGCAGCGUGCUGGUCCGGUUUGUCUGUGAAUGGUGGUUGUGGCUGGUGGGAACUCAAAGCCUCUGGUACCAGCGGUUGAGCUCAGAUUCAUCUCAGCCACCCUUAGGCUGCUGUGCUGCUCACCGAGGUGCCCAGUGCGCACUGUGGUCACCGAGAGAAAAAGGAUACAGCACCUUAACAUUCUGCCAGUUCCAUGCAGGAAACUUGCUGAACUGAAGCACAUCAGUGUCGUAAUGUAUGGUGAAUCUGAGCAUCGCUGUGCGCCCUGAGCCUGGCUCCCUCCUGCAGCUCACGCACACCCACAGCAGGUUUUGGAAGCCACUUGGACCGAGCCAUGUUGACAGUGGGGAGGGAAGGGGCAGGACAGUGUGUCUGUCGUGGUGUGAGUGUCCGUGUGGGGUUUCGUUCGCUCCGUGUAUGUGAGCCUGUGGUAUGUUUUCUGUAUUGCUGUGGAGCUUCACCUCUGAGGUUUGAGCUGGUUAUGAUCCAGGUUUCAGUGAUUGUCAUUGACAGUGAGAUGAGGAAAUAAUUACAUCUUGCUUAGAUGUUACCCUAGGUCGCUGGUUUGCUCUGAAGCUCCAUUAGGAGCACUGUUUUGGAAUUCAUCUGUGAGCACCAGUUCCUUUACAGCGAAAGUAGAGCUUUCCUCUUUGUCUGCUGUUUGUACCAAGAGUACUUGAUCUGAUGAUGCUUCUUACUGGUGUCUCUGGAAUUCAGCUAAGGAGAGAAUAAAGAUAAUCCCGUCCCAGAAUGGAGAGGGCAGAGGGUUAAGAGAAAGCAAAGAGUGUCACAGCUGGGUGAGGCAGCCACCAGCACUGCAUCAUGCUGCUUCAUGGCAUGUUUUGCUCUUGCUUCUUAGCACAAUGACAGAGCACAGUUCCAUCUUAAACAGCGCUGUCUUGCUGGUAUCAGCCUCUUAACCACCCCAAGGUUAGUGCUUGUUGUGAGAAGUCAGACCUAUCCCUCCCUGGAGGUUUGAAUGAACUAACCGCGCGCUGGCUUGUAAGAAGUGGAAAGGAGGAAAAACGGAGAAGCUUGAAGGCUCUUGGCUUUUGCUUGCCCUGCAGAAUUCACUAACCUAAGGGUUGAUAAGCAGAACAAGUUUUAAAGUACUGCAGUCGCUCAUUUUUAGCACGUAGAAAUCUGCUUUGUUUUGAAAACAAAGGAAAGAUACCUAGUAUCUCAUGACUAGAAUUUAGUGGAUUAUCUCAUAGUAAAUGAGGCUAUUCCCUUUUCUAACCUCGUCCAGUACCGUUUUAAAAAUGUGCUGUUGUUUAUUUUUUUCAUGACACUAGAAGCAAUGUGGUGUCUGGCUGUAACUUUCAUUAUCGGGAAGGAAACUCGGAAUGUCCGCACAUGAUAUGAAAUAAUUUUUCUAGUGCAUGAUUUGCUGACUUUGGGCAAAAAGCCUAUUUUCUUCUUGCUCGCCAAGGAACUCUUGAGGCAGGCAAAUGCACUCCCUCCUCCUCUGCAGAACAGAGAAAGCACUUCUGGAGCCCAGACAGCGUGAUUCAUGGCCUUACGCAGUCCCCGCAGGCCAGAAAGCCCAAAGAUGCAGACACUUUGAUCCUCCUCCUCUGAAGUGAGAGCACAGCAGUAACUCUUGUCAACUCGUCUCUGGCUGCUGGGUAACCAAGCUGUAGUUUAAGGUGGGGAGCGUUUUCCCUUUUGCACUUAACGCAGUACUGUGUAUUCAGGCUGGAUAUCAGUAUUUGUUUCUGUAAAUAUGACAGUAUCGAUUUGCGUCCUCCACCCGAGUCCCUUAUCUGUCUAUAUUCAUAUCUCCCAAGGAGAGAAGAUAAUCUUUAAGCUUCUGUAACAUUAAAUAUCCCUGCCCUAACCUGAAUGCACAGAAAUAGAGUGCAAUGAAAUAUAGCUACUUUCUUUGAAUUAAUUUAUUUUUUCCUGGAAAAUAAUUUUGCCUACAUUCAGUAGUAAUGAAAAGAUAAUAUCAGCGAUUGAAGAGCAGUAGAACUGUUGAGAGUUGUUCAUAAUGCCUGGGAUGAAGGUGUAAAUCAGAGGUGGGAAGGGCUGGUAGAGGGCUCGCAUCCCUGCACUGGACAGCGCUGGGUUACACCUGCGUUCUCCUGCGAGCUCAUGACAUCCUAGGAGAGGGAGAUUAACCAAGUAGCAUGACACAAACUUACUGGGUCUAGUUACUUGAGGUUUGGUGAUGUAUUAAAAUUCUGUAGAAGAUUUUAAAAUGGAAGUUGUAACAGAAAGCGGAAAAUCCCCUCAAUAGCUACUUAUACACACUCAGUAGCUCAAAUUUCUGUAUUGUUUUCUCACUUUCAAAAAGGGAGAUUUUGAAGCACAGGAGGGUUACAGCCAGUGUUUUCAAGUUUAGCGGUCUGAGCUUUGGGGGGUUUUUCUCCUUCUGUGGUGAAGAGCAUCUGCACUUUUUCAGUGGAAUAGUCAUUGCAGAAACGACUUACGCAACAUUGCAAAGCGUGGGGUGGUAUCUGAGGAUCCCGCAGCACUUUUCAUGGGAUCCGUCUGAUGGCACGUUGAUGUCCGCAGCUGUGCAAGACAGCGCGGCUGGUCAGCGUGGCUUCCGAGUGCGGGGCAGCUCCUGCAGACUCAGGCAGGGGCCGCAGGCAGGGGACAGACCCCCGAAAUGGGGCGGGGGGGAUCCUGGCCUGUGUGUGGUGGUUUGCGAUGGUACUCGCCUCUGCUUCCAACUUGAUGCUUGUUGGGAAGCGUGAGGCCUUUGUUUGUUUGUUUUCUUCUCUUUUUUUGCCUUUUUUUUUCUUUUUUUUUUUUUUUUUCUAAAGCAGGUAGCACUACAGUGGUGGAUAAAGUAACUGAUCCUUGGUUAUAAUACUGUGACAUAAAAAUGAUGUGGAGUUUCUCAAGUGUUUUAGAGAUAGGGUGACUAUAUGAACAUUGCACCAUGCAUAACUUAGAAGGUGUUAAGACACAUAAUAUUUGUGUCCCGGUUGAUGAAAGUAUUUCCUUAUGCUUAUUCGAUACUAGAUACUGAUCACAAAACUUUCCCUAAAGAAUCUGCUAGAAUGUUGGAAGAUUCAAGUCUUCAUCUGUGAGACAAAAAGAUCAACUGUAAGAGCUCUGUGAUUUCGAAAUGUUCCCCCCGCCUCCAGUUCCAGCUCACAAAAGUGUUUCCCAUUUUGCAUAGCUGGCUAUCUGCAUGUGUGCUUACAGUCUGUACAGAAAUGCACUAAAAUGAGUUGCCCUACCUGGGAAGGCUUUAUAUUGUAUAGAAAAUGUGGCACUAGGUACUGCUCUUCAUGUGCACAGGAGAGUUAACAGGUGUCGAUCUCGUUUACAGAAAUGAUGGCGCUUUGCAAUUUUCUAUAAUAUAUUGCAAUAUAUUUAAAUGUCCUGUUUGACAUGUGAAAUGAAAUUAAGUUAACGCGUUGUUAUGUAUUUGAAGUAUGAGGAAGAUGAUUCACUAACGACCAGCAAGGUUUUUAGGAGGUGUCCAGUAUGUAGGCGUCUGCGUGAUCAGUCUGGUGUAUGUGAUGUUAAAGGAAGCAACAAUACUGUCACUGGUAGGGAUGAAGAGUUUCUUUCGAAUGAUGCAAUAGCUUACAGUGUCUUUCCUUUGUAGCUGCCCAGUGUGGUGAAGGGGAAGCAAUUCUUGAAAAUGUUCGAGAUAACUGGUUAACUGUGAAUGGGCCUAAUCUUUCGUGAAACCAAGAAAAUUUUUGGACACACACAGGACUUGAAUACUCAAAAGGAUUGGAACUUAGUGUUGUGCCAAAGUUAAACUACUGCAGUUGGCAGAAGUUCUGCACUGUAAAUAGAAGACUGAUUAAAAGACAGCUUGUAAAAAAAAAAGUUUAAUACAGUACAUUUUUAUUCUGAUACAUGAUGGAAACUUUCUGUUUAGACCUUUUUUGAAGAGGCUUCAGUGACCACUAAAUUUUGUCCUUAUAUUUUGUUUGGCCUAAUACUAUAUGUUCUAGUAAGAUGGGCUUUAUUGCCUGUGUUCUUUGAUACGUGAUUAAGCUUAUAGCUUUGAGUGACCAAACAUUUUACAGAGUAAAAGUUCUUAGAAACAGUAUAACGUAACUGAUAUUUCUGUGUCUUAUUUAUCGGGCUCUGCACAAACUUGGAAAGUUGUGCGGGACUUGUAUAACUCAUAUAUGGGAAUGCAGCAUACUUCUGGAUAUUAGAAACCUAAGCCUUUGUGGCAGUAUGGAUCUUGUGUUUGGAUUUAUUUUUGUUAUUUUUUUGAGGCAAAGAGACGAAUGGAUGCUGCUGUAAAAUAUUUGUAAUAUUGCCAUUAUUCCUUUGUGUAGCAAUUACUGCUUUCGCUUCAACAGAUAAAGAAAAUAAAUCAGAGCUAGAAAAAACCUAAAAGAUGCUGGUAGAAGAACGGAUCACGUGGGAACUUCAAAAAUAAACUUUGUACCAAAAAUCUGAAAACAGAAAUAAUGGAAUAAAUGUCUCCUUACUGAG